GAUUUCGAAAACGGAUAUUAUUUCUAUUUUAUAACACAUAUAAUAUUUAGAAAUAAAUUCCUCUACCUUUUAAAAUUUGAUAAGAAAAAUUAGUCAUACGAUCGUUUAUCAUGAUGGAAAUUCAAGAUGUUCAUGAUAGUGAGAAACCGUUACAGCCUGAUAGAACAACAAGACGACGAAAAAACAUGGGAUUCUGGUCGAAAACAAUGUUUCAGCGAAUAUUUUUACAAUCGCUUUGUCGAUUGAUAAUCUAUUUGAAUAAGAUUUACCAAGAUUUUGGAGCUGUUAAUACUUAUCAUUCUGAACAUGCGCCAUAUUUUGAAAUAAUUUCAUUACUUUGUUUAAUACUUCCAUCAAUGGUAUUCGCCAUUUAUCAAAGUUUUGCCGAAUUUAUCAAGAAUGAAAAUUUCACCGCCAAGGCUAUCAUCACUAAAUUUGUAAAUGGAUUAUUAUUGAUGCCAUGGCAAAUAAAAAGACAUUUGGAUGGUCUUUAUUUUUCAUCCCAAAAUCUAUGUUCAUUCCGGCCAGCUAAAAGUGAUGAAAAGGAAAAUCUUCUUUUCGUGAAUCGUAAUGCAGAAACAUUGGAAUUUUUUGAAGAUUUUUAUGCUGGAUUCAUUCAAGUAGUCAUGCAGAUUUAUAUUCUUUCAGUCGAAACAAACAACAAAUAUUCAUUUAGUAAUAUUUUAUUCAAAAAAAAAUUUUGCAUUAUUCUUAUAUUUUUAUUUUUCAUUUCAGUUAUUGGAGAAGUAAUCGGUUCGGCUUUGUCGAUUUUUUCAAUGCUAAUUGCCAUCCGCCGAAGAGAUGAUGGAAUUCUUACUGGUUUCUUAUCCUUGAUAGGAUGGACAUCAAUGUUCACAAGUCGUAUCUUAGUGUUUGCUUUAGCUGCUAUCAUCAUCAAACAGUGGAUCAUUCUCUUAUGUUUAAUUCAUGUUAUUGGUUUCACCAUUUGGGUUUAUAUGAUUGCAAUGGAAGCAUUGGAUGCAGAUCCACAUGCUGAUCGAUCAAAGAAACGUGGAUUCGGUACUAUUGUUUUAAUUUUCUUUUUCUUCGGCCUUCCAUCAUUGGUUAUGUGGCCUUACAUGUUUCAUCUUAAAGAAAAACAACGUCCAUUGCGAUUUUUAUCCGUUGCCUUUAUCGAGAAUCUUAUUCUUGUUUCAUUAUGGUAUGGUCUUCAUUCAAAUCAAGCAAAAACGGAUAUCUAUUGGUUAAUGGCUGUAAUUAUAACUACAACUAUGGCAACCUUAUUCCUAUCAUUAUAUUUCUGUUGUAAACCAUCGAAAGUUGAUCAAGUUGUUUUACAUGAUAUGCGAUAUACCGAUACAGAUUCGUAUGGUAUUUAUUUCGAAUUUUGUGACAUUGUUUUCAACUUGACGGUAGAAAAAGAAGUUAAAGAAUUGUUGGAAAUUGUUCGAGAACAACCAGAAUUGACUCAUCCACGUUACCGACAGCAGCAACAACAACAACAGCCGCAACAACCUCAGGUAGAUCAGCCUACAUCCUUGACAAGUGAUCGACAGUCACCAUGAACAAUUAAAAUUUGAUUAAAAAUCCAUUCAUUUAUAUAAGAUGUGAUACACCAAAGGUAGUUCAUCACAGAAUUUUCAUUUAAUGUAUAUAAAUUCUAAAGAAAACGCAUAAAAAAUACUCUUACAUUUCAUUAAUUUUCCCAUUAAAUAUAUUUUGUUC